AUGGAACAGUCGGGCUGUGGAUGUUGCCCGAACACCACUCCACUUGUAGAAGCAGCAUCAGCGGCGGCAACGACAACAGGAGAGGGGCAUUUUCCAAGGGCUCAUCGAAUCGCCGCAGUGGAUUCGGGUGCCCACCCAUCUGCACCAGUCGGAGUCCUUCCUUUGUACGCGGUGGCUAAGAGGUUCCGGGGAAGCAAUGAGCGGAGACAUCCACAUCAUCUACAAGGAAACACACCGAGGAGCGACCAGUCAUUGCGAGGGGCUGUACUUCUUCGUGAAGGAUGGGUGAGGGAUAUCGCGAAGGACACGAGGGCAUUGCUGCAGAAAAUGCCCUCGUGUGCACGUCCGAUAUCGGUGCCACACAGCCAGAACUCUCUGCCGUUGAAGCUCGUAAAUGCAACUGUAAAUUCGUUGCUCGAAGGACGAACGGGUCACAUUUGCUGCGCACAUGGCUCAGUGACAAAGGAGUGCCAGCCUGUUGAAGCCGUCACAACACCUCACGAGCGGCAGCCGCCGUAUCGCCUCCGAUGGAAGAAGCUGGCGCUGCGAAAACCCGUAAAUUUGUCUCUCUCGCCUGAGGCUUUUGCUUCACCAGGGAGAGAUGACAAUGAAGACUCUCUCACUGAGCGAACGAAGGUUAAAUCAGGGCUACAGGAUUACAUCCACGACUUCCUAGACAACAAGACGAUUGAAGAUGCAUUGAUAGCCAGAGUGGGUGUCAAGGAUAUACCGGCACCUACCGAGGAGGCCAAGGAUGCACCGGCACCU